GAGCCCUCGGGUCAAAAGCCCAUUGAUGAGGUUUUCCCGAAGGAGACCGCAGAGCCUUCAGCUGCUGCUGCUCCCGUUACUGCGGCCGGGGGGCCGAAGGCUGAUGUGGCAGCCAAGAAGAAGAAGGGGGGCAAGGGGGUGGAGCCCCCGAUCAAGAAGCAGAAGGUUGCCGGGGACGCCGUUGAGAAGGCGGCCCCCCUCAUAAUACUCGAUGAUCAGCCCUCCGCUGACCCCCCGGCAAUUGAUACUCCGAUGGCUCAGACGGACCUUCCCUCGGGGAAGAUGCCUCGGGAGAUUAUUCGGCUCUCCCUCGCUCCGGGGGCAUCCGUAUUGCACGGUUCAGCCGAGCCGUUGUCUUUCCUGAGGGGGAUUACCUCGAUGAUGGACAAAGAAGCCCUCUCCACCUAUAACGAUGACGCCCUCGAAGCCAGGGCCCUUCGAUCAGCUCUGACUGCAUGCAUAACCUUCGGUGAGCAGGCCCGAAGGCGAGAGGAGUGGUGCCGUCAUAAGGCCGAGCUAGAGAGGUCCGUGGAGGAGCUGAUUCGCGACAAGGACGCUGCCCUUCGCGAGGUGUG